CUAGUGUUGUUUAGUUACCAAGAUACCAAGUGUGGUAGGAAAAAAGGAUAAACAAAAAGAAGGAAGAUUUAGAAGAAAAUGUCUUACAGAGAACUAAGGAAUUUCACUGAAAUGAUGCAGACCCUGGGAUAUCCCCGUAUCAUAUCUAUGGAGAACUUCAGAGAGCCCAACUUCACACUUGUGGCAGAGAUCUUGAUAUGGCUGAUACAGAGAUACGAUCCAACGGCUGAAAUAGUGACAGACGUAGACACAGAGCAGGACAGGGUCUUAUUUAUCAAAUCAGCCGCUCAGUUUAUGUCCACGAAGGCACACAUCAAGCUGAACACGAAAAAGCUCUACGGUGCAGACGGAUAUGCUGUCAAGGAACUACUGAAAAUAUCUUCACUUCUCUACUCUGCCAUGCGUUCAAAUGAUGACAAGGAAAGCAAAGAUAGCAACGUGGCUAGCUCCUUUCACUCUUCACUUACUAACAAGAUGACUGAUCUCAAGGCUUGCAGACAAUUGGCAUCAGAGAUCACAACUAAAGGGGCCAGCCUUUACCAGCUGCUGGGACAAGAAGUAGACUUAAGGGAAGCACGUCACACAGCCAUUUCCCGACCGGUGGACAUUGAUUCGAUCGAGAAAGGGAUAGAGAGAAGUAUAGAAGCAGUAAACGACGAAACGGCUCGAAUGAAGCAAAGGAUGGAUAAUGCUGCAAGCGAUGAGAAGACACUUGAAAUCAAAAUAGAAAAAAAGGGCCAAGAGUUGGAACGAAAUCAAAAGCGUCUCAAGACACUCGAGAAUGUCCGACCUGCUUUCAUGGACGAGUACGAGAGGCUAGAGGGAGACUUGAAACAAGUAUACGAGAUGUAUAUGGAGAAGUUCCGCAACCUCUCCUACUUGGAGCAACAGCUUGAAGACCAGAGAAAAGUGGAGCAAGACAUGGCUGAAGAAAGAGAGAGCUCUCUCCUUGAAAUGAAAAUGCAAUUGCAGCAGGAGAACAGGCGGACUCUAAAUGACACCAUGGGUGUCACGUCACAGGACAGCAUGGUUGACAUGGAGUCAAAGUCCAGGUUCAUCGGUAAUAUGACUGGAGAGGGUAUUGCUAGCGAUGAUGGAAGCGCAUCUCUUUCCACUGGUAGCAGAGAAGAUGAAGACCCACUGCAGGAUAUGCAGGAGGAAGAGGAAGAUGAGGAGGAAGAAGAAGAAGAAGAUGAUGAAGAGAGGAGAGAGUUUGCUGAAGGAGAUUCGGACGAAGAUUUUUAGACUUAUUUAAACAAUACUAGUAAUUAUCAUUAUUAUUAUUAUUAUUAUUCAUUAUUAAAAUUAAUAAUCAUUACAUUAAAGUCAAGAGCUAAAAUUGCCAUUUUUUAUAAAGAA